AUGAAGCAGAAGUUCGAGAUGUCGUCAAUAGGUGAGAUGAAGUUCUUCCUAGGGCUCCAGGUCGAUCAGAUGUCGUCAAUGUUCACGACGGUUCUGGAAAAAUUCGGGAUGUCCGAGAUGGCUCCAAUGUCCACCCCAUUAGCAACGAAUCAUGGUAUCAACCCUGAUCUCACCGGAGAGAAGGUCGACGAGACGCUAUAUCGCUCAAUGAUCGGCUCGCUAAUGUAUUUGACAGCAUCAAGGCCUGAUAUAAUGUACCCGACUUGCCUCGCGGCCCGAUAUCAGUCAAGUCCUAGAGCUUCGCAUAUGUCUAUCGUCAAGAGGAUCCUACGCUACCUGAAAGGAACCCCAAGCCUGGGGUUGUGGUAUCCCAAAGAUGGCGACUUCAUGCUCGAAGGAUACUCAGAUUCUGACUUCGGAUGCUACAAAAUCAACAACUGCAGGAUGCCAAUUCUUCGGACCCCGCUUGGUCACUUGGCAGUGUAA